CUCUUCUCUGCAACUAUAGUUUCUCUGCAACUAUCUUUUUCUGUGGAACUAUCGUUCUCUCAUUAGGGUUUCUUUUACUAGUUUUAUCAAUUUCCAUAUGAUCUUAACGAACAAGAAACGAAAAAGAAACAUCAAAUGUCUAAGGGAAAGAAAAGGAGACAAGAGGAGAAGAGAGCGAGAGGCCAUUUUUACUGUGGUCCGUGCCGUCUAUCGUUCGAUUAUCUGGAAGGACUGCAAUAUCACAUUGAAGCCUUGCAUAAACAUGAAGCGAUUAUCUGCUCUAGGUGCUUCUUCGUUGCGUUUUCUGCAAACGAAUAUGCAAUUCAUUUUUCAGAAAAUCACGAGCGGCCUCAGAAGAAAGGAUCAAAUACAAGGAAAAAGUAAUCAGGCAGUUGGUAUAAAAAUUCUUGCGUCCCUUAGCAGAAAGGAUGUAAAAAGGAUUUGCGGCAAUAAUUAUCCUGAUUGGAUAUCUUUUCAGAUGUAUGAACAGGUGAAAUGGCUAAACAAGGAACUGGAAAAACUGUCGCCUUUUCUUGCAGAACCAACUUCAGUGAUCAUAAGAGAAUCUAUCGAACCAUUACCGGAAGAAUAUCGACCUCCAGGAAUCACAUCACUGAAGUUCAGAAAAUUCUCUCUUGGAAAUGUAGCACCAAAGAUUGAAGGUAUUUGUGUUCAGAGCCUGAAGGAAGAUCAGAUUACCAUGGAUAUUGACUCCCGCUGGGGUAGUAAUGCUAGCAUCAUUCUUGAUGUUAAGGCAGCAGUUGUUGCUUCUUUACCCGUCCAGUUGAAAAAUCUUCAAAUUUACGCUAUUGUGCGUGUUAUCUUUCAACUAGCUGAAGAGCUCCCUUGCAUUUCUGCUGUGUUAGUUGCUUUCCUUGCCGAGGUAUGUCCAACUUCGCGACUUUCCUUGCCUUUGUUGAUUUAGUAUUUGAGAGGUCAUGUUAUUCCCAACUCUUUGAUGGCAUUCAAAAAUAUUUGGGGGUUUGGAUAUUCUUUGCUAGUAAUAGUAUUUUAAGUUGGAAAUCUUACAUCGGGAUAAGAGAUUAAGUAAACCAUGUAAGGACUUGGAACGAGCGUCUUGCGAAGUCAGUGGCAUUGGCCCAAAGGCUGAACCAUUUAUUCUGUGCAAGCGUUGAGUUGCGAAUGGACUCAUAGUGGUCAAUUCUAAGGAUCGCAUCUUACUAACACUAACAGGCGGUUGCAGGUUGAUGCAGGGGGGUUGUGGCGGUGAGGAAGCAAGGUUGCAGCAGAUAGCAAGGGUUUGGAUGCAGCGAUGGCGAGGGUCGAUUGAAGGGUUCUAGUGCAGGGGUCGUUUGCAAGCAACGAUUGCAAGAUGGGAGGGUUUGGUUCGAUUGCAGGGAUCAUUUGUAGGUAGACGGGAAGAUGGUCUUCAGACGGUGUUUUUGGUCACAGGGAACACAAAAGCAAGGAAUAGACAGUGAAAUAACAGCAGCUUACGAUAGUAAUAAUAAACAUUGGCUUGAGUUCUAUA